AUGUCAUGCACAGCAUCUGAAGCUUAUGCCCAGUUGAGGAACUUCCAGACAGAUCUGGGAAGGCUAUUAGGCUCCCUUAAUGGAACUUCUUCUCCGCCAAAGUGCAGCUUCUAUGAAGAAAUCACUUUGCAAUUAAUCAUUAAAAAUGUCAAUGCAAUCGAUCAAGGAGGACAGCUUAAUCAGACCGGAGAUAUUGGAAGCGAUAUCGAAAAUGUUUUACCCAAGAUCAAAAGAACCCUGGAUAAGGGUUUUAAAAGCUGUUGUGGUAACCUGCGAGAUUCCAUUCAAAUGCUUAAAGAUGAUAUCGAAAAAAGUGUGCAGAAACUAUUAACAAAAUCAAAUGAUGCAGAAAAUUCUAGAGAGAUAGACGCGCUACGUGAUAAACUAAAUUACUUUGAAGAUCAUAUAAAAGAACUUAAAGCAAGGUUGGAUACGAUUCAAAAAGAUAUGGUUGAAUAUAAAGCAACUACCAAAUGUUGUGCAGAACUAAAGAGACAAAUUCAGGCACUAGAUAUUAAAGUAAAAACGACCAAAAGCGAAGCAGAUGAACAGAACCAAAAGCUAUAUGAUAAAAUAAAAGCGCUGAUGGAUAAGCAGAGGAAUCAAGAUGACAUAGCAUCCAUUGUAAAAACAACUAUCAAAGACCGUGGCGAAAAUAUUAAAAUAAUAAUUGACAAGUGCGAAAAACUUUGUGGCAUUGAAGAUGGAUCCGACGUGAGGCACUUCGAAAAAAAAGAUAUUCUUGAUUUUGAAACGAAAAUCGAAAACAUGCAGAAGCUCAUCGAAAAACUCUCUAAUAAACUGGACGAAUUUGACUUUCAGACAACAAGUUUUAAUGCAACACUGCAAAUUUGCCAGGAAAAUGUAGAAAAAUUAUCCAAAGUUAAAUUUGAAGUUCAAGAGUUACAAAACGAUCAUAUAUGCCCAACGGCUUCUUCAGAACGCCCGGUAACUGUACGUGAAUGGUCUCCCAAAGAUAUUUCACAAAGACAAAUAAAUUGCUUCAUGAUUCAAGAUGACUUAAAAGAUCGCAUUAAGGAACUUCAGGAAGAAAAUGAAAUCCUGGGUAAAAAACUACAAAAAUUGACGAAGUGCUGCCAGAAAAUUGAUCAACUCGGCAUUCAAGCCGACCACUUAAAAAAUACACUAAAGCAAAUGAACCAGACCUACAAUGAUCAGAUAAAAUCUCACGAAAAUCAAUUUAAACAUAUUCAAAAAAGUCUGGAAGAAACACUUAAGGGAUUAAGCGACAUCAAUGAAUCCAAAAUUUACAAAGGUCUUCAGGAACAGCUAAAGAACAUCGAUUCAAAAAUAAACAUAGCCUAUUUAAAGUUGGAAAGUCUAAGCAAGAAACAAAGUGGGACUUUGAAGAUCAUAGAGGGCACCAAAAAUGCAGAAAACUUGUCAAAUGAGAUGGAGAGGCUUAUAAAAGAUUUCAACGGAAUUCGUCAAAAAGUUACAAGUCAGUUACAGGAUUUUAAAGAGAACAAGUUAAGUGAACCGUCACCAAAUGAUAAGGAUCGCGAUAAAAAUAUAGAGAAACUUAACGAUAUUGUUCGCCAGGAUUUGGAUAGACUAAAAAAAGCGCUUUUGCAGCAUAACGAUCUAGAAAAAAAGGUCAAAGAUAAGAUAGACAAUCAGCAAACGCCUUUAAAUUUAAUGAUUGAUUGCCAAAAGAAGUGCAAGGGGAUUAACAAGAUAAAAGAACUUAUUGAUCAAUUAGAGGACGCGGAAAAACUAGCAAAGACUUAUUAAA